UCUAAAAAGUAGGACGCCUUAGAUAAAUUGAUAUUGAUGUGGUUUAAAGAUAACCUAGUAAACCAAUUUACGGGGUUUUAUAACUAAAGCUAGAUUCUGAAAGGACAGUUUGAUAGUUUUGUUUUACUUCAGUAUUACGGCAUUUAAUCAUAUGUAUUUUUAAUUAAGUAGCAAAGAUGCUAUAAUGAAUAUGUUAUACAAAAAUCAUUAUAAUUAAAAUGUCUUUUUAUUCUGUGGACGGAUACGUUUUACUUUCUCGUAAGAAAGCGUUGCAUGAUGAUCUGGCGCCCUAUUAAUCGCCAUGGCCUAUAUAGUCAGACCCAAGUGAGGGCUUAGGAGUGAACAACAUGAAAAUGGUGAACGAUCUGAAUUGCAUCAGCACAUUUUUCGAUUUAAGUUCCAGUACAGACACGUCCCUGAGCUCUCAAGAAGGUCAGACUUCAAUAGAUUCCGAAACAGAUGGGCUGAGCUUAUCACAGCUAACAAUACAAGAACCGGAUCCUAUGAAUAUAUGCCCUUUCUUCAACAUAACCCCAAGGAUAAUGCCCCAAUCACCACAUUACAUUAUCGAAGAGGAAUUCUCUCAGAACCCGUGGGCAAUGCUGAUUGUCACAAUAUUCCUUACAAAGACAUCCGGGAAGAUGGCUCUACCGUAUAUAAAAAACUUUUUUGAGAAUUACCCAACACCGUAUCACGUAUUAAAUGAUAACCCGACAUCUUUAGGGAGAUACUUCGAUAAAUUAGGCCUACGGAAACGUGGUCAAAUCAUUUGGAAAUUGAGUUAUCAGUUUGUCUCGUCAAAAUGGCGGCGGGCAAGCGACUUAUGCGGCAUAGGGAAGUACGGCGAGGAUGCAUAUAGAAUGCUGUGCUUGGGACAUACGGAUUUGGAACCUGAUGACCGAUACUUAAGGCUGUAUUUAGAUUGGCUGCAACGAGACACGGAGUUUAUGGAGCACAAUGGAAUGAGGGACAGUGAAUUCAUGAUAGACGAUCCAGUUUUAAAGUAUUAUUCAAUUAAUUUGAGGAUUUAAUUUUUAAUAAG